AUGUCGCCAAGUGUUGCCCUGAAUAUUGUGCGCAUCAAUCUAGCAACUUGCCGAAGAGUUUCUGUCUGUUUAGGGGCCAAGAUAAGCGGCGUGCGCCCAGUGAUGUUCCCCAGUACUUGGGUUACUAUCAGUGGCACGCCCACACGCGGGGCGCAUGGGGUCGCGUGGAGUUUAUGUAGCACGCAAGCUGCCGGCGCGCGACGGCGGGGGAAUUUCUCCACCCUAUCCAGGUCUGUCCGAUCCCUGCGCCCCGCGCUGCAAUGCCGGAGCCGCGUCGCGGCCCUUAUAGUCUCCCGCUGCUCUGUAGUAUGAUCAUGUGCCGUGCUGGGCCGCAGAGUCUACAUGAUUCCACUUUCUGGCCGUGUCUUUGUAGGCUCGUCGAUAUUGCAGGUUCUGAAAUAGCUGGGGCCGGUAGGCUUUGUAAAAAAGGUCGGCGCGGAGAGUGGCUCGUCGACCUCGGCCUGACCCGCGCCGCACUUGUCGGGAGCGCCUUGCGGCGUCUUCAAGUCACCCGAUGGCAGGUCGGUCGGACGGUUGGUGGAGGUGGAUGAGUGGCUGGGCGGCGCAGUGCUCGCUCGGUUGGUCGGCCGGUCGGGUGGUCGGUCGGUCGGUCGGGUGGCUGCGUUUGCAGGUGCAGUCGGCGGUCGCGGCGGGGUGGGUCGCGGUGUGACAGACGGGGUGCGUGGUCGGUCGGUUGGCAGCCUUGCUUGGUGGGGUGGUUGCGCUUCCUUGAAGGCGUUCGCGGGUCGGCUGACUUGAAAGCGCCACAGCCAGGGCGCUGCUCCCCACAACCGCGGGUCGGGGAAGGGGUCGUCUACGGACUUUCUGACCGACCCGCCCGCUCCUACAAGUCCUACAAGUCUUAGCCGCUCGGGCUUAUUGGAAGAUCUGGCGUCUGUGGUUCCGUGGUAUUAUUAUAGCAGAGUAGUUUAUAGCAUGCGUGGCGCGUGGAGUGCAUGGAGCGCAGAGCUUUAAGACGCGCAAGAAGCUCCCCCUUUAGGUCCAUGCGGUCCAUGCACUCCAUGCCAUGCGAGCUGCCGAGCCUUAUAAGCUGCUCUGUUAUAGUCAUAACAUGGCGGCGAUCUUUCUGGCGCUUCAUUUUUUUGGAAUGACUGCUGGCCAUCGGCAGCCACAUAAAGACAGCCCCAGAGAGUGCGGCCUUCGCCUGGUUUGUUGCGGCUUCGCUUUCUGGCUGGCGUUGUGGCGCUGUCGAUUUGUCGGAGUGCUGGCGGGUGCUUCUGAGUGUUGUUCUGUUAUAGUCGUGGCAUGGUGGUAGAUGGCCCGCGCUUUCCAAGAUGUGCUAAACAACAACGCCAAAACCGACAGAGGAGAGCCUGGAAACAGGCGGCCCCUGAGAGUGGGGGCGUUUCGCUUAGCGCCCUGCCUCUGUCUCAACGUGCUGCACCUAAGGAGGCUCUCUGUCUGCUGGGUCGGGUGUGUUAAGUCUAGCCCAGUGCGUGCUGGUGCGGUCGCGCUUGGAGAGGGCACGGGCAUCCAUGAGCAUCAUACAGGUCGCACGCCGUUGCGCUAAAAUCUUGACCUAUCUAGUUGCUUGAUGAGAGUGCUACCAGGACGCUUUUGCGGUGUGUCAACACGCGCGUGCUUUCGUCAAUUUAUCGGAGUCGCUGAGGCGGGCGAGGGGGGUGGUGUGGCUGAGAGGUUGUCACGGGAUAGUCUAUUAGAAGUGGCCGCGGGAGAGUGUUGGCCUUCGUGGAUGCUGCGCACUUCAGCCGAUGUUGCAACGCAUUACGCCAGCGUCGUGAGUGGUCUUCUCUGCUCGCCACUCGUCUUGACACUCGGAGGCCCAUGCAGAUUUUUU